AAAAUAGUAAUUGAACAACAACCUCCUCAGAACAGGAACAACAAACAGCUACAGUAUAGCACCUGGAAUACAAGAACACGUACGGAGCAGAGAACUGGACCAAGGUGUCCAGGAUUAUGCCAAUCUAGUCAGAAUCAUCUGAAGGAUUUUUCUGCAACAGUGCUGAUUUGGCUGUAGCGUCUCAGCUGUAUCAUGGCUGACCCUUACCAGAACAAUGUGUACCACCAUGGAGGAGGUGACCCCUACGGCACCUACGGAGAGGGAGGAGGCCAGGAGGGCUAUGGUUACCAGGGCGAGUCCUACCCUCAGGAGGAGGAUGCAGCCAGCGAUGCCACGGAGGGCCAUGAUGACGAGGACCAGAUGUAUGAGGGGGAGUACCAGGGGAUCCCGCACCCUGACGAGGUGAAAGCGGCCCAGAGGGCAGCGAGGGCCAAGGCCAGGCAGGCUCAGGAAGGGGCCACGGAGCUCGAGGAGCUGGCUGAGCAGUAUGAGGACAUCAUGGAGGACUGUGGGCAUGGACGGUUCCAGUGGACCCUGUUUAUAGUGCUGGGCCUGGCUCUCAUGGCUGAUGGGGUGGAGUGCUUUGUGGUGGGGUUCGUGCUGCCCAGCGCUGAGAAGGACAUGUGCUUAUCCAAUGGAGAGAAAGGCAUGCUAGGUGAGUCAUGGCUAAAUGCCAAUACUUGUUGGAAGACAUACAGCCCAUACUAGCCCUUUUACAAUGUCUGGGUCAACUGAUUCCAGCCAACAGCAGCCUGGCAGUCAAUACUAGCCAGCAGAUACUCCGUAAAUUAGAAAUGUUCUCAAAUUAGCUAAUGGCACAGUCGAUUUCAAGAUUAAUCUGUUGGCUUUUCAUGCUCUACUGGACGUCAAUAUAUUCCUGCUUAGUGAAGCAGGUGGGAAAUGUAUGAUCCGUUUCCCCACAGCAAAUAACACAUUCUUUUUGGCAACCAGAACGGGUCUGCGGUAUGCCACCAAUCACACUGAUUGAGACUAUGCAGCAUUUUGUUGGCCCAUGUCUGAGGGAAAUGGGGUCCUCUUUCCAGCCACCUUAAUAACAGCAGCUAGCUCUAUAUGCAUGUCAGAUGAGUUCACAAAAGUUCUGAACGGUUCCUCUCAGAGACUGACAGAGAUUUUCAGUUCUUUUAGAUAGGCAAACAUUUAUCAAGCCUUUGAGUAGAAAACUUUGAACAUUUGAAUGUGUUGUAAUAAAGAUAAAUCAAACUAGACAUGAGAAAAUGAGGUUGAGAAUAGGACGUCUUUGAAGAGUGGGACACAUUGUUCUAGUGCAGUGGUGAAUUACUAAUUCAGAGUUAACACCGCGAGACAAGUCCUUCACUUUGAAGCGUGUGGUUGGAAGCUGUCCAAGGAGACAAAUAUCUGGGAUGAGAGGGCAGUUUUUUCACCCACUCCCCAGCCAGCAGCCUCCUCCCAGCAGCCACAGGCAGGCUGUACUGACAGUACUGAGUCAGCAGGUGGCUGAGGAGAGGAGAUCGAUAGCCACUCUACUGACCUUGCGUCUAGGAUACGUACUAUUCGCCUGCUGCUUCACUUCCCUUGGCUAACUAUGCUGCAGCAAUCACAAUCACAAGCAACUUUUAUUCACUACACUGUACAUUCUGCAGCCCUCACAUCUCAGAUUGUCUGACAUGCCCAAAGUAAUGGCACUUCGAGGAUAAAUAAUGUUUUGAAUUGAAUUAAAUUGAAUAGGUAUGGUGGUGUCAGGGUUCUUUUAGGUACUCGGAAGAAACAUGAUAUGCUGAUCACAGUUGAACAUCUCCUGUAGCAUCUCCUUUUAAAAUGAUUAAGUUAGCAGCUUUUCUGUUUUGGUGUGGCAUGAUUGGAAAUUCAUAGUCAGACAGCCUAUUAGUUAUUCACUAUCUCAUCUUGCCCUAAAUGCUGCUCUUUACAGUCAUUUCAUCUACAUAUUUUAGUCCAAAUUUACAGAAUAUACUCUGGUUUAUCUCAAGGGUUUCUAUGUUGACUUCCUAACUAUAAUCAAUCAGUUUCAAUGGGACUGAAAUAUGAAAUGCCUCUAAUUCACACUUUCACUGUGAUCACCACUGCAUACAUUCUGAAUCAAUGGAUGUAAGCUGUCCAAUCAGAAGGCAGAGUGGCAGCAGUGUCACUGUCCUUCGGGGAGAGGAGGGUGGGGGAUUGGUCCUCUUCUCCAUAUGCUUAUCCGGUGAUGGCAGGCCCGUGCCUUCGCUCUCACACCAGUCAUCACCCACCCCCACCCCCCAUGGCAGUGCCAUCUGCAGUGACCUCGUGGCCCAGAGCGUGAUGCCAGGCUUUGGCAUUAGGCACAUUGAUAAAUGUAGUGAUUUUUGGAAGAUUCUUCCCCAGUGAUACAUGGGUAUGGUUGAUAGGCUAUAUGUAAGCUGAGGAAAGCUUUAGGUGUACAUGUACAGUGCAUAGAAAAGUGACACAGAAAAGUACUGGAAUGGUACUUAUCUGGGGCUUAAAUGAAUAGACUUUAUCUGAAAUGACUGUACUUGCUUACUGAGGCACAAACACAGCCAACUACAGGAUUCUAUCGAAUUUCAGCAUUUACAUGAACUAAAUGAAAAGUAUACUUGACACAGGCUUUCAUUAUAUGCUAAAAAUACUUGUUCCAGCCAAGCUUUGCUAGAUGGACAAAGGUACACAUUAAAUAGUAUGUUCCACAAGAGACACCCCAGGAUAAGAGCGUCUGCUAAAUGACUAAAAUGUAAAUGUAAGUAAAAACACCUAAAUCAUUAUGACAUCUAAAUAGCAUCCCUGUUACCAUUGUUAAGGCUUCACAAAAGACCACUCAAGGCUGUUACAUUUGACCAAAAACACACUUUCUGUCAUUACCUUAGAAACACGAUUUUACCUCUCUGACCUAGCCCUUGAGAGACAGAAUGCAGAGUACAAAAAAUGGGAAUAAACAUGUACAACUAUUCCACUAAGUGUUUGUCUUUGAGUGUGUCCAAUUAAACAUAUUUUUUAUUACACUAAUUAUUACACUGAGAGAUUUCUCAAUACUGUCCAUAGGACAUUGCCCCUCUCAGGAGAGAUGGACAAGCCUGUCCCCUGGUGGACAACACCAAAAGUGUCACCAAUGUCCAGCUAUCCCGAUCUACUGGGGGUCUUUUAGUAGUUGAGCAAUUCAAGAACAACACAGUAUAUUGUAUGUUCCCUGAAAUACAAUGCUGUGAUCCAUAAAAACACAACCAGAAUGUAUGGUCAUCUCAACAGUGUGUUGAGUGGAAUCUGCCUUCCACUUUAUUCACUGAGAUCAAAUCACUAGAUAAAGGUCUGCUAGUGAACUGUAGCUGUGCAGGUCUCUGACUGUGUCUGGCCUCUCUCUCUCCUGCAGGUUUGAUAGUGUUCCUGGGCAUGAUGGUUGGGGCGUUCAUCUGGGGCGGCAUGGCAGACAAACUGGGCCGCCGGAGGUGUCUGAUCUGGGCCCUCACCAUCAACUGUAUCUUCGCCUUCCUCUCCUCCUUCGCCCAGGGAUACGGCUUCUUCCUCUUCUUUAGGCUCUUCUCUGGCAUCGGGUAAGAAAGACCGCCGUCUAUGGAGAAAGUGGAAACAAGGGAUGAGUUGCUUCUUGAAGGAAUUUGGGUUGUAACUGGGAUUGGGACCUAAUGUGAACAUGAUCCUCUCCACCUGAUACAAUGUGUACUGUACAAUGUUAAGUAUGUGUUGCACAAUGUGAUGCUUACACAGCUUCUAAAGAACUACAACAAAGAAGAAAUAGUUAGUGCAGGACAGCAGGUCAGCACAUUCAGAGCUUUCCUCCUCCUACAACAAUGCAGCACUGUGCUGUCCCAGAUAUCAUUGUUCCACAGGGAUGUAAGCCUAUGCAUACUGACUCCAGAAUCAGGUCAAAGCUACAUUAUGCAAAAACAUUGUGUUGUGUAAAAAGAAAAGCUCAGCUGCAGGAGCAUGGUGUAUUUGGCUAAUGUUUAUCCAUGUUUGGAUAUUUGUGGAAGCUCAAACUACUGACAAAAAUCUGAUUUAAAAAAGACUAUUCUCCUGCAUGUCUCCUGCUCCAAAAAUAUAUUACAGUACCAGUAAUUUGCUCUCUAGAUUUGUAUUGAAAUACAUCUGUGUUGGGUCUCUUUUGCUGAAAACGUGAUUUUCCUGUCUUUUAUAAAUGUAUAUAUUUCCACACUAUGAGGUUGCAAUAAUACUGUACAAUUGUGAGAAUGAUAAUGCCCUUUGAGUGUAAGAGAAAUUCUUUGAGAUUGAGAAAAAAACAUCUGCAUUGGAAAUUUUUAAAUAAAGAUAAUAGUUGCAAGAUUACACACCUCUUGUGUAGUCUACAAUCUCAGUGAGUUCCUAUAGUAAUCCUGUGUUUCUCCCUUCAGCAUCGGAGGCUCUGUCCCCAUCGUCUACUCCUACUUCUCAGAGUUCCUGCAGAUGGAUAAGAGAGGGGAGCACCUGAGCUGGCUGUGUAUGUUCUGGAUGGUGGGAGGCAUCUAUGCCUCCUUCACUGCCUGGGGCAUCAUCCCUCGCUACGGUAUAGUACACACUAAGCACUCAACAGGAAACUCUUACUAAACUAUAGAGUUCAUGACCUGGGAUCAAUAUUAUCUUACUUGCUAACAUAAGCAAGUUCACCCAAGUACAGCUACAGUAGUCCCUGUAUUGGAUGUUAUGUAAAUGUGACCAGAUUAUAGCAUAUGUGUUGGGUUCAUUAACUGGCUGAUUGAUUUUUAAUAAUAUUAGUCUGUAAACGCACCAAUAGACACAUUGAGAGAUGUUGGUUGUGUUAUAUUCCAAGCUCUUGAGUCUAGACACAGAGAAUGAAUAAGGAUUGUGUUGUGGCUGUAUUGUGUUCCAGGCUGGGGCUUCAGCAUGGGAACAGAGUUCCAGUUCCACAGCUGGAGGGUGUUUGUGCUGGUCUGUGCCCUGCCUGCCAUCACCUCUCUUGUGGGACUCAUGUUCAUGCCUGAGAGCCCCAGGUUCCUCCUGGAGGUAAGAUCUGUUUUCUCCAAAUAAAGAUUGUUCGAAGAUGAACAGUUCAGGAACGUUAUACUCUGGGUUUAACAUAUUGUGUCAAUCUUUUUUUUUUCUCCAUAAAUCAAAACUGAUUUUGUUGAAUAAAACAAAACGGAUAAAUACGUUUGUGGAUUACUAUCCUAAGGUUUUACUUAGAGUGUGUGGCUGUCUUUGUCAGAAUGCCAAACAUGACGAGGCCUGGAUGAUCUUGAAGAAUGUCCAUGACACCAACUGGAGGGCAAAGGGCCAGCCUGAGAAGGUCUUCCAGGUGAGUGGAGACACGACAACCGUUUGACACUAAAUAACACGCUUUUCAGCGUCACAGAAUAUAAUGAAACCUAACUAGAGAAGUGAUCAUAAUUUCAUUCCCCUCAGGUGACCCACAUCAAGGCUCCUAAGACCAAUGAGGAUGAGUUCAUUGAGAUCCAGAGUGCCACAGGGACAGCUAUACAGCGAUGGGCCGUUCGAACCCUCACUCUGUGCAAACUGGUAGGCCCCAAAAUGUUCUGAAAACAAACAUAUUACCUAAUGAGACCAACAUUAACACUAACAGGCUAUUAGUAUGUGACGUGUCACUGUGCCGUGUUUUCAUUGCAGGUGCUGAAGAAUGUUGCUUCUCUUUUGGGACCUGAGCUGAGACUGAGUACGCUGUUCAUGGCCAUCAUCUGGUUCACCAUGGCCUUCAGGUAAAUAUAUGUACAAUAUAUGUGAUGCCAAAGAGGUAAGAAUGUAUAGUGUGUGCAGCUGAUUGUAAAUACACUAUAUAUACAAAAGUAUAAGGACAACCCUUCAAAUUAGUGGAUUCGGCUAUUUCAGUCACACCCGUUGCUGACAGGUAAAUAUAUGUACAAUAUAUGUGAUGCCAAACAGGUAAGAGUGUAUGUAUAGUGUGUGCAGCUGAUUGUAAAUAUAUAGUCUGCAUCCCAAAUGGCACCCUGUUCCCCUUAUAGACCCUGGUCAAAAGUAGCACACUAUAGAGAAUAGGGUGCCAUUUGGGAAGGAAACAUACUGUAUGUGUAUUCUAACGUUGGUUGUCAAUGUUCUCUUUACAAUGGUCCAAUAACUCUAUUACCAUUGUAUUUCAGUUACUAUGGACUGGGUGUGUGGUUCCCUGACAUGAUCAAAUACCUGCAGCAAGAGGAGUACGAGUCCAAAGUCAAGGUGUUCCACAGAGAGAGAGUAGAACACUUCCACUUCAACUUCUCCCUGGAGAAUCAGAUCCACCGAGAGGGAGAAUACAUCAAUGACAAGUAUGUCACCUCUAUCGCCCCCUUCUGGCCCUUCUGACUACUGCACCACAGGACCAUGUGUAGUAGUAUUACAGUCUGUUGAUAAUAUCACAAUGUAACAUAUCAUUCUAUGUAAGUAUGGCACAUAUUAUUUCAUUCAAAAUGCUACAGACAAUUUUGAAGAGGGAUAGUGCUGUCUGUCAUUCUAGCAUGUAAUCAUUAGUUAGCUGUGUGCCACUUUGUCAAAAAGUCAGGAGUCAUGCUUUUGUGUUCCAUCCCUUUAGGUUCAUCAACAUAGAGAUGAAGUCUGUAAAGUUUGAGGAUUCACUGUUUGAAGAUUGUUACUUUGAGGACAUCAAGUCCACUGAAACAAUCUUUGAGAGCUGCACCAUCAGAUCCACCGUCUUCUAUAACACAGGUGGGAGCCGCUGGAGGUGUUACAGUAGGCCAACCAAUGCAUCACAUUGUUAACAAGUUUAACCCUUUGGAAAGUUUCCAAAAGAAAAAAAGGUUAAACGGAGAUUGAACUUUUGCAAUAAUCAAGUCCUGCUCAAUAUGAAUGAAACAUUGUGACCAUACAGUAUGUAAUGCAUAUCAACAUCAUCAAUUACUAUUGCUAUGUUUCACUGUAAAAAUACAGUACAUAUUGACCAAUGGACUAAGAAUUGCAAAGCCAUGAAUAUUAUUUAUGUGUUAUCAAUGCCAUUGUCACGUUUCCUCCAGACCUGUACGAGGAGAAGUUCAUAGACUGUAAGCUGGAGAACACCACGUUCCUCCACAAUAAGAAGGGCUGUCACCUGGACAUUGACGAGGAGAACGACGUGCUCAUCUACCUGGUCAGCUUCCUGGGGUCCCUGGCUGUUCUGCCCGGCAACAUCAUAUCAGCUCUGUUCAUGGAGAAGAUAGGCAGGGUCAAAAUGAUAGGUGAGUAGGUCUGUAUUGGACAAUGUAAAAUGGUACAAGGUUUCUUUCAUUUUAGCUGUAUUGGUUCUUCCAGUGCAGAUACUGUGUAGAGCAGCUGCUCAGCUAUUGCUCUGGGAUUCUGCUCUGCAAUUGUCAGAUGAGAAAGGUGUUAUGGAGUUAUAUCUAUGGGUGUGAGCCUUGAAAUAUGAUCAAGGAACAUUGAAGUGUGAAUUAAUCGUACCGCACACCUCACUGCUCCAUCUCCCUCUGCAUACGAUGUGCCACUGAGCUGAGCGACAUCCUACUGUGAGCCCAAUCUGCUCCACUCUUUGCAGGCCUCUCCAUGCUGACCUCAGCUGGGUGCACCUUCUUCCUGUUCCUAAGCUUCAGUCAGGCGGCCAUCAUAGCCUGGCAGUGUCUGUUCUGUGGGGUCAGCGUGGCAGCAUGGAACGGCAUCGAGGUCAUCACAGUGGAACUCUACCCAGCCUCCAAAAGGUACAGUACAGCAAUUUCUUAGAUUAGGCCUAUUGGAAAUAGCUAGCUUGUACUAUAUUGUAUGAUAGAUUUUAUACUCUUAGACUAUGUCAACCCAUGAUCAUAAAGUUAAAGACUAAGACAAGAAUGUUUCCUGUGGUUAUUUAACCUGUGUCCCUAACCUCCUCCCACAGAGCCACAGCAUUUGGGGUGUUGAAUGCCCUCUGUAAACUGGCUGCUAUCCUGGGUAGCUCCAUCUUUGCCUCCUUUGUGGGGGUCACCAAAAUCGUCCCCAUUCUCCUCUCCUGCGCUGCUCUGGUGUGCGGAGGCCUGGUGGCCCUCAAGCUGCCCGAGACCCGGGAGAAGAUCCUCCAGUGAGGUGGUCAUACUGGCCAAAGGUCAAAGGUGCCAGGAGCAACCUUUACAGGCGGAGUUACUCUGAGAGACACACAGGCAUUAAGCAAGAUUGGCUGUAACCAACAGGAAUUGAUGGGAGUUUGUUCCAGCAAGAUAUAGAGAACCUUUAAUAACAUGCUAACUAACAGUGUGCUUCAUUGUCUGUUCUGUCUCAACAGUUAUGAUGUGUUUGGAGUGAAAUGCUUUAAAAUCUACUCUGUAUCUAAAUUAUUCUUGGGACCAAAUGGACAUUUUCUCUAAUUCAAUCGCUUAUCUAUCAGUCUAUGAAUCAUAAUUUGCCCCACUAAUUUAUGAUACUGUACAUCUGAGACAAGAUGAGAAAUCUGAAAAUAUGUAAACCUCUUGAUGGAGGUAACCAGAAACAGAUAUCUGGUCAUGGAAAUCUUUCUCCAGCGCCAUUUUGAAUUCACAUACUGUUGUUGUUUUGUUUUGCUAGAAUUAUGUUUUUUUUUAUCUUAGCCCUGCCUCAAUGAAUAGUUCUCAACUCACACCCUCUACUUUCUCACCAAAAUGUAAACUCUAUAGACUGUAGCACUCCCUCCUUUUCUUGUCUUGUGUUACAAUCAACCUACAGUAUGAAGUGGGAGAACAGCAAAUAUCCUUCACAUCUGAACUGUAUUUUUGAAUCCCUACCUUUAGUUGAGUGUUGAGGUUAUAGUCCAUCAACCAGAACUAUACUCAGUAGGUCGCCGCAAAAAGAACAACAUAGAACUGCAAUUUACUGCAGUAUUUGCCCGUUCCAUUCUAAUAUUAUUUUCCUGCUGAAUAUGCACCUGGAAACCACAAUAAAUUGAUUUCGUUGUUGAUUUUUGCGUUCCAACUUCACAAUUGAAUCUAACUAGCAACUUCAUUUAGCAAACUGGUUGGUCCUACAGUGUGUUUGUGUGCUUGCUUGUAAAUGUUAUCAGUUCAGCCUCCAUGUUACUGCACAUGAUGCUCUUGGCUGUGCUUUAUUUGUGUUGUCUAUGCGAUGACAUCUUUCGUUUUUCUGUUUAAGGGAUACCACAUAGAAAUACGAAAACAAAUGUGUUUUACAAUAUGUGGGGGAAAUGCUCUUAUUGCAUUGGGGAUGGGGGAUUCACUAAAGCACACAGUGCUGUUACUGAUAACUGUCGACUGAGUUGCAUGUGUGUUAUCUACCUACCAGGUAAUGUUUCUGUGUUCAAAAAGCAAGUAGUCUGAAUUAUGUUUACUGUCUGUGUGUCAAUGUAAAUAACUGACUGGAUUGUAGCCUGUACCGGCUUGAAUUAACAAUCACUUUGGUUAGUUUAGGCAUUCAUAAGCUGUUUCUUGUCAAGUAUUGAGGAGCCAAUUGCAUUUCUUUCCAAUACAAAACAAGACUUUUGCCAAUUAUUUCUGUCAUACUAACAAUCGAACAGUUACACAAACUGAGGCUUUGCUGUUGAAACACCAUUUUGCAUUUGACUAUCCUUAUUGUAUCUACACUAUAUUUGCAAAAUAACACCUAUUUUUAAAUAGAGAAAGUUACAAAGCAAGAAUGAUGUUGAAUUAUCCUUCUUCAAAGUGUAGCUUUGGUUUCCUUUAGCUAGUCUAUAGUGCACCCUCACCAUUAUAUGGAGGUAGACACAAUCACAUUAUUGCCAAUACAUUGUGUAGUUAUACCUCUCUUGAAAACAUACACUGAUCUGUUAUCAAUUGAGCUGCAGGAAGUUAUCAGCCUUACCUGAACGCAACGAUUCUGUCGAGCCAUAAGGUACAUGGUGUUUUCAAUAAAACCUUGUUUCUUUCUCAAGCAUGCGUUUGAACUGUACUGCCACCAUUAUCAAGGGAUUGGCUUAUGAAUACAGUUCUUGGGUGUUUUAUUUUUCUGAGUUAGUUUGUGUCUCUGUCA